UGCUUUGAUUGUAAUGCAAGAAAUCCCACUUGGGCUUCUGUGACAUUCGGCAUCUUUAUAUGUCAGCAAUGUGCAGGAAUCCAUCGUAAUCUAGGUGUACAUGUUAGUUUUGUCAAAUCUAUUGUCUUGGAUAGUUGGAUGCAACAUCAGCUUGACAUCAUGACCGUUGGAGGCAAUAAAAAUGCUCGUGAAGGAUUCGAUGAAUCUGCAUUGAGCCUAAAGGACCUGCAGACCAAAUAUACCACCAAGGCAGCAUUACGUUAUAAAGAGAAACUA